UUAACCUAGUUAACCUAAAAACAUUUACAUUGUUUACAAAUUGAGCAAUUUUUAAAAGCAAAAAUGAAAAUAAACAAAUUUAAAUAACAAACAUGGAAACAAGCAAUCGCUUUAUUCAAAUUCUUCCAUAAAACUAAUUUAUUCAAUGGCGUUUACUUAAUGUCAUCCUACUUCCAUAGAAAAAAGACAAAAUGGACUUCCUUAAGGAAAACCAGCAAAUUGUUUUCCAUUGGAAUCCUAUUCAUAUCAUUCGGAAAUUUUGUUUCAGGUCAUUUAUUGGCCCAUCUGAAAAAUUUUGGCUUAUUUACUUAUCUUUAACUUACAAUCACCAACUGGAUACAAGUUAUGCUGCUGAUGUGUGCAUGGGACCCAUGUAUUGGUUGGUUGAUAAUUUCACUAGUACUGUUGGAACUAUUCUUAUAUUCGGUGUUUCCAGCCUCACCGCUUCAGUUGUGCUUAUUGCUUAUUACAUUGGUAUACCUUACUGGUGGAAUAAAAAUAUGUACAUCUGUGUAUGCCUUGUAAUUUUUGGACACUGGAUUCUUCUUAAUAUCAUCUUUAAUUAUGUGAUGGCCUGUAAAGUAUCACCUGGAUAUCCUCCUGAAGGCAAAAUAUUUACCGAAGCAGUCAGUAUAUGCAAAAAAUGCAUAGCUCCGAAACCACCAAGGACCCAUCAUUGUUCUGUAUGUAAUCGGUGUAUUCUAAAGAUGGACCAUCACUGUCCUUGGAUAAAUAACUGUGUGGGUUUUUAUAACCAUCGGUACUUUUACAUGUAUAUGAUCUACACAGUAGUGGGAGUAUUUUUUGUAAUUUUAGCUGGCUGGGAGAUUGCAUAUAAUGAACUAUUUGGAAAUGACAUAGAACUUGAAGGCCACUCAGUCAAACUUAAUAGCACCGGUGCCUAUGUCCCUGUAACUGGUGCUGAACUGUUAGACCCAGUCUUUUUAGAAGAGCAUGAACUUUUUGAACAACCUAGUCAAUCUAGAAGAAGAUGUAUUAUGUAUAUGGCAUUAUUAAAUGUUGGAGUGUUUAUUGCGUUAGGUGCUUUGGCAACAUGGCAUGGCUUAUUAAUCACCCGCAAUGAAACAAGCAUCGAAGUUCACAUAAAUAAGUCUGAAACCAUUAGACUGAAUGCAAUAGGAAAAACAUAUAUUAAUCCUUAUAACCUAGGAUAUAGGAAUAAUUGGAGACAUUUUUUUGGAGCACAAACCCGAAGGAAUAUGUGGAUGCAACUGCUAUUGCCCUCAGUAUUCCAGCCAUUUGGAGAUGGCCUCACUUGGCCUUCAAAUCCAGACUUACCAGUUUUUAAAAGAAAAAACUAUAAUUUAUUUGACAGUAUUGAAAAUUACGUACAUUCCAAAAAACCAAAUAUCUUUAAGAAAUGUAAGCCUAGAUAAAAACAGCUGUUUAUAUAAGGAAGGAAAUACAAAAAUUGUUAAAUAUAA